AUGGGCCACAGCUCGUGGCCCCUGACGGGCAACAAUGCCCCGGCUGAGAACCCACACCCAUACUACCCCCUCGGCGUGAGCAUACCAGACUACCUGCCCAACGAAGCGCCGGUCCCCGUGCUCCUGGCGGCUCUGGGCGGCAUGCUGGGCUUUUCGCUGCUGCUCGCGUCCGUCGUGGCGCGAAAGGCCAACCCGGACCUGGGCAGGACGGACCUGGCCGUGUUCUGCUGGUUCGUCAUGAUGUCUAAUCGAGCCGGCUGUUCUCGCCCGGGACGCGGAAAGCUGACUUCGUCUACCCUGAAAGGCUACUUCGUCCUGAACCACGCCACCGUCGCCUCGUCGCAGAACCUGCUGGCGCAGCUCUGGAAGGAGUACGCGCUGUCCGACUCGCGGUACCUGACAUCUGACGUCUUCAUGCUGAGCGUGGAGAGCAUCACGGCUUUCAUAUGGGGCCCCCUAUGCCUAGCCACCGCCCUAUCCAUCGUCCUUACCAGCCCGCUGCGGCACAGCCUGCGCAUCACAGCCAGCAUGGCGCACCUGUACGGCGUAGCGCUCUACUACGCGACGAGCCUGAGUUCGACCUACUUCACCGGCCGCUCGCACAGCCGACCCGAGGUCUUGUACUUCUGGGUCUACUACGUCGGGUUCAACCUGCCGUGGGCGGUCAUCCCAGCCCUACUCCUGCUCGAUAGCGUCCGGACCGUCACGCGAGCGAUGAGGGCGCCUGACCUGUCGUCGAGUACGCAUCGCCCGAAAGAAGGGGCAGUUCCGGUACGCAACGGGUCAAUGAAAUCAAAAGUGAUAUAG